AUGGCGACAAACUCAAAUACAGUGGGACCUCCGGCCAACAUUCCUGGGCUCCCAGCCUUGCCAAAAAGUCUAAGUGGACUGCUAAAUGUAUCCAGUGGUACCUGGAGAGAGACUGGUCGAAUACAUGCCAUGAAGACUAUGAUUCAGGACGAUUAUUCGCGAGCAAACGGCCGCGGAAGAGACCCGAAAGACAAGAGAGCUCUGAAACCUCCGCCUGGAAAUUUAGACGCGGCGCUAGCUAUCCUUCGCAAAGAGAUGGUUGGUCUGCGUCAACUUGAUAUGUCCUUACUGUGCCAACUUUGGAGCUUGAAUGAAUCGAUACAAGAGUACAAGAGUAUGUGUCUUGACUCUGUGUCCGUCAGCGAGUGUGCUACUUGUGAAAAUGGCCAAGAAGAUAGCUGUCCCCUUCAUCAGUCAAUGAACGGUAGUCAGGCUGACGUUUUCUCUGACUUGGACUCUGAACUUGCAAGUCCUCGGGACAAUAGCAAAGGCGAUUGGUAAAGACAUUCAACUCGGUAGUUCUCAUGACACUGGCGCAGGUGACAGGAGCACCCAUGCAAAAGAGCACAAUACACAGUAUAAUAUAUUAUUAUAAUCUCUCCAUGACUGGACAUGAUGUUAUUGAUACCUGGUUGCUGCACAAAAAGUCUUGGAUU